UACAGUAAAAUCGUGAAGGGCGAUUAUUUUCCUUGCUUCCUGACUCGAUCUAAGAUCUCUGCCACCCUGCUCCGCCAGAACCUCCCGAAUCGGUCGCCACGAAGAAAUGGGAAGGCGCCGCCGGUUCGCUCUGCAGUACACCAGCGACGACGACGACGACAAUGCUGCACCCGAGGCGCCCAAAACCACAGUCCCCGACUCCUCGCGCCACAAGAAGCAGCAGCGCCGCUACCGCGACGGCGAUGACGACGAGGCGGACCUGGAGCUCGCGGAGGAGGAAGAGCAAGAGAUGAAGAGCAACGAGGAGGAGGAGACGCAGGCCCGCAAGCCCGCGCGCCCUGCUGAGAACAGCGACGGGGAGCUGGGCCACAAGGCGAAAGCGGAUGAGGAGGGGGACGACGGAAAUGGUUCGGAUGCGGUGCCCUUGGGCAACCCCGUGGAGGUUCCUGGCGAGGGGAAGCACUACUCUUCCUUCGAAUACGAGGGCAACAUCUACAAGCUCGAGGAUUCGGCGAUGUUCUCGCCUGAUCUGGAGAACGACAAGCCCUAUGUCGGCAUCAUCAAGGGUAUAAUUGAAGUUGAUGGGAGCUUAUCCGUAAGUGCUCAGUGGUUUUAUAGACCAGAAGAAGCCGAGAAAGAGGGUGGUGACCCAAGGGAGUUAUUUUAUAGUUUUCAUAUUGAUGAAGUGCCAGCAGAGUCAGUUAUGCACAUGUGUGUGGUCCAUUUCAUUCCUGAGCACAAGCAGGUGCCAAGUAAAAAGGAACACCCUGGAUUCAUUGUCCAACAGGUGUAUGACCACAGAGAGGAGAAGAUGUAUAAAAUAACGGAUAAGGACUAUGAGGAUGACAAGCAGCAUCAGAUUGAUCUCCUUAUUAUGAAAACAAUAGACCGUAUUGGGAGGCUUCCAGAUCGUGAUCCUGAAGAUAUACCUGGUGACAACACUGAUAAAUUAUCAAGACGAGGCUUGCGGAAGAGACCUCUGAAGCCUAAAGAUGUUCCAAGAGAUGCUUCUACAGGCAUAUCUGAGCAAUUCAGAAGAGAAGAUACACCCGUGAAUGAUAAUCUGAAGUAUUUUGCCAUCCUUGUCAGACAUGAAGUGAUUACUGGUAACCAGUAUCGUGAUUGGUGGCUUGAUAAAUUUGUAGACACUAUUCUGGCACUCCCUCAUUCAAGAAAUGAUAAUGAAAAUUCUUAUGCCCCUAAUGAGGUUGUUCCAAUAGUAGCCUCCUUAGAAAGAUCAACGUUUGAAGCUCUUCAUGCAGACUACCAUAAGUAUAACCAGAAAAUGAGAACAUUAUUGUUCAAUAUCAAGAAAAGCUCUGUACUGUGCAAGCGACUAAUGGACAAGGCGCUUGAUCCUCCGGUUCUGUUAACGAUGACCCCUGACGAACUAAAGGCUGGGUUGACACCAGCAGAGAUAGCGUCUGAAUCAGAAGAAUCAAGGCAGCUGCAGAUGACUGAGGCCCGGUGUAGAAGAUGCACAGAAAAGAAAGUAGGCAUACUUGAUAUCAUUCAUGCCAGCCGUGGAGAUCGCUAUCAGGAAUUAGAGACUUCCCUAAAGCUCAAUUGUUGCAAAGGAUAUUUCAAAGGGUAUUGCUCACAAAGGUCGAAUGUAUUUCCUGCGGAUACACAUCAUUUGCGUCCAGAGAUGACAUCUUAAGAAAUGGCUAGCGAGAUCAGGCGAUCAGCCAGACAAGAAGCCUGCUACUGAUGCUCGCAAUGAGAACACGGAGGCUUACAUGGAGAGGCAGACCAUAGUCUAACAUGCGAAGCGGGAUGAACCCUCCCUGCGCCUGCAACUAAUCAUGGGUCGUGAUAUGUAGAAUGACCAUUCACAAAAAAAAAGAUAUGUAGGAUGACAUCAGUGUUAGGCGCCUGUUGAUGCUUGAAAAUGGCAUGAUCGCAAAAAGUUACUUGAGGUUGUAGCAAGAUAAGGUCAAAUUCAUGAUUUCAUGUCACCA